CACUCGAGUGGCGGUUAGACGCGACUGUCGCUGAAACUCACCUGUUUCUAGUUUCUUACCCACCGUCUGCAUCUUUCCUCAGAUGACAUUCAUGGUAACGAGAAUCACGGAGAGCAAGAUUUCAUGAUUUCUGCGAUGAAAUGGGCGGUUCACUAAACGUCAACUACAGCAUGAUGUUGAAGACGAAGCGGAUACUUACUGCGAGUUCUAAGAAAAACGUGACUCGUAAAAAGAUCCUGCCAUUGCUCCUGAUGCGUCAGAGGAAGGACAAGGUGAACGGGAUAGAAACUCAAUUUUCGGACUCUCAUCCUCCGACUCCGCCGAGGCCACGACCGUUCCUUCACAGUGGUUUCCCGAGUGAACAAACUCUGUCCGCGAACAACAAUGAUCCAGAGAGCUUCCACUGUGCGAUAGGGCCGGUUUUAGCGAUGGCUCAAUUGUUUGGAGUUCUACCGGUUUCAGGAGUAUGCAGAUCGAACCCGUCGCAGUUAAAGUUUGCGAAAUUUUCGUUUCGUACCGCCUACGCCGUUUUCAUAAACGCGAUGGUGUUAGUUGUGGCGGUAUUGGCGGUUAUUCACAUGAUAAGAACGCUGAACUCCACCACUUUUGAAGUGAAAGGAGGAAUAGCGUCUGCUACGGCAGGCGCGAUAUUUUAUGGGAACAGCGUGAUAGGCCUGAUAAUAUUUUUCUGGCUGUCGCCACAUUGGAUAACUCUUCAACGCAAUUGGAGGUCUAUGGAGCAAUUCAUAGACAGUAAUAAGGUGGAACGACCGAAGCUCCGUUGGAAAUUCUACGCGAUAACCGCUUCUAUUCUGCUCAUGGCCCUUGUCGAACAUAUAUUGAGUAUCGUGGUGAACACCACAAAGUACGACUGGAGCGGCAGUUCGGAGAAUUCGACAUUUCAAAAUUUUCUACAAAUAUAUUGCACGUCUUCUCACGCCUUUAUCUUGGAGACAUUGACGUAUAACUUUGAACUCGGUAUUUUCAUUUUUAUCGCCAGCAAACUUGCGACUUUCACGUGGAAUUUCACUGACGUUUUCAUCAUGCUGGUAGCUACCGGCUUGGCCGAAAGAUACAAAACGUUGAACAAGGAAGUGAUAAGGUCAACAUCGAAACAUCGGACAAUAGACUGGUGUGGAUUGCGUGAAGAUUACGCUGCUCUUAGUUGCAUGGUGAAGAAAGCUGACAAGAAUAUCGCACCCAUAAUUCUCCUGUCGUUUGGAAACAAUCUUUAUUUCAUCUGUUUACAGCUACUCAAUGGAUUGUCAAAACCGGAAAAUGCCAACAUACUUAGUGAUAUAUACUUCUUCGGAUCUUUUAUGUUCCUGAUCGGCAGAACGGUGGUCGUCACCCUGCUCGCUGCCAGGAUCUAUGAUCAAAGUAAAGUGAUAUUGCCGCUGUUGUAUACUUGUUCAGCAUCCACCUACAAUGUAGAGACAGAAAGGCUGAUAUAUCUACUCACCACUGAUGACAUCAUGCUUACGGGAAUGCGUUUCUUUUCUAUUACGCGGAACUUUAUGUUGGCGGUGGCUGGUGCAAUUGUAACGUACGAAGUUGUGUUGCUACAAUUUAACGUCUCAAUGAACAAUUAAAUAUAUGUAACAAUGUAUAUGUAACAAUGUAACGUCGCCGAUAGGCAAACUGUCACAAACUAGAUUAUAUAAGGUAAUAUAAGUAUUUGUAUUCAUUGAAAUUAAAAAAUCAUCCUAAACAUUAUCAUCUCCUCGCAAUUUGUGCUAAAUGUUGCUAUUUCUGCAAUUAUAUACUAUUUAAAAAAAAUGUAUUU